AUGCCAUGUCACGGCUUACGCUCACGGUUCCGGUCAAGAACUCGUGGAAGUCGGUCACGUAGUGCUGUGAAAAAGCGUUAUACGCGAUAUAGUUCACGAUCACUUGUGCGAGCGUAUCAGCGUAGCCGUCGCUAUCGUACUCCUUCGAGUAUGCUAUAUAGGCUGUAUCGAAUGACAGAUAGCGAAAGCAAACGAUCAACUCCACGCAGGUCAAGGUCAAGACUACGUAGAUCAAGUCCACGUAAAUCACGCCGUUCUCGUUCACGUAGUCGUCGCCUGACUGUUCUCCGCUCUCGAAGCUCUCCUUACCGGCGUCGUCGUAUACCCCGCCAAUUCAGUCCCCGUCGUCGUCGUCGUCGUUUUACCUCUGCGGAAUAUUUGAAAUUGACACAUAUGACGACGGAUCGAUGA